UCGAGAAGGAGAAGGAGAAGCAGAGGGAAGAGAAGGAGAAGCAAAGAGAAGAGAAGGAGAAGAAGAAGGAAGAGGAGGAAAAGAAGAGGGAGAAGCAGAAGGAGGAGGAGGACAAGAAGAAGGAAAAGGAGAAGGAGGAGAAAGAAAAGAAGAAGGAGAAGGAGAGAGAAGAGAAGGAAAAGAAGAAGGAAAAAGAAAGAGAGGAGAAGGACAAGAAGAAGCAGCAAAAGAAGGCUGAGAAGAAGGCAAAGUUUGACAAGUUUGUCGACAAGAAAAAGGCUAAGCUUGACGACAAGAAGGAUGCCCUUGAAGACAAGAAGGACGCUCUCUUGGACAAGACGAAAGAGUUGA